AUGCAGCAGUCAUCCUUUGAAGUCGCUGUGGACAGGAGCAGCCAGCACUCCUUCGUGACGGCCUCGCAGCACUACCUCGACAGCGUGCUGCGACCGCUCUACAGCGGCUGCCUGCCCCCAGCGGUGCCGUUGCGCAUUACAGGACAAAGCGGCAACAUCAUCUACGUCGGGUGCCUCACCGACCGCCCGCACACGCGCUCCAAGUUUGUGCUCCUUUUCCCUCUCGCGCUCUGCUAUGACCAUGGUCUAAGAGAGGGCGAGCUGGUGGAGUGCGUGCCGCUGUCCAACGCGCCGCGUGCGACUAAGGUAAUGGUGGCGCCGCUGACAGUGGACGACAGCGAGGUAGUGGAGCAGAACGCACUUCGCAUCGAGAGCCUGCUGCUCCGCCAGGUGCAGGUCGUCUUCCCCUCCAUGAUCAUCUCCGUCUCUAUCUUCCCCGGGGUGCCAGCCAAGGUGAUUGUGACCACCAUCAAGUGCGGCGAUGCGGAAGAGAAGCUGCGUAGCGGAUGUGCGGCGAUGAAUGAGGGCACGCAUUUUGUAAUCGCCACCCGUGUUCGUCGGGAGCAGGCGGACGGCAUGACUGACGGUGCUGCCGCGCCGCCACUCUGGGCCUUUGUCCGCGGACGGCCCACUCGUGUCGCUGCUAGCAACGGGGCCGAGAGCGGCGACACGGCGGUGGUUCGGGUGCGCAGUGCCACAGCCGAGAGGUACCACUGGAAGAAUGGUACGGUACUCGGUGCCCUCGACUGCGCGGCAGUGGCGACGCUGGACACGGAAGACGUGACACCGGGGUUUCUGCGAGCACAUUUGAAGCAAGUCACCGUCGUCGUUGUGGACACCGCCGGCGGCGAGGCAGCGGGUGCUGCGGAGGAGGAGGAUGUGUGUGUAGUGGACUCCCUGGCGCAGGCGACAAACCUUCUCCUUACUCCCCACGGUCUCGACUCGUCAGCCGCUACGGCGGGGAAGGCUAGCGGUGCUGCAGCGGCGGCCCCUCCGGUGCUCUCGAAUCCCGCGCGACUCCCAUGCUCUGCGGUGGCCCUGGAUGCGGUCAUGCAGGUGCAUGGGAAGGUGGCAGAGGAUUUGCAGCGGCAUCUCGUGGCUGCCCUCCACCAGUCAAGCGUACCACAGUUUACCAACCUGCACCAGAGCAACGUGCUGGUGUGCGGCGGGAAAGGCUUCGGCAAGUCGACGGUGGUGCGCGCUGUGCUCGACACGCUGCCCGACGUGCACACCGUAACCCUCGAGUGCGGCAAGACUAAAUCCUUCUUAGUUGACAUCGCCAAGGCCUUGAGGGAGUGCGUGCUGUGCAAACCGGCAGUGCUGGUGCUGGAGAACUUUGAGUGCAUCGCGCCAGCGCAGCAGGAGGGCCACGUGGCGGCAAUGUCGGCCAUGACGCAGGCAGCGCUGGAGGCAACGCUGACACGCUUCUGCUACCAGUUCUCUAUUCGUCCGCAUGGGGCGGUGGUAGUGUUGGCGACGUGCUCGAGCCGCGACGCAGUGCACGAGACGCUGCGGUCAGUGUACUGCUUCCGGCAGAUCCUGACGCUGGAGGCACUGAAUCGAGCGUCGCGGACGGCUCUGACUGGGCAAUUGUUCCCACAUGCUCCUAGCGAAGACGUGGCGGCAGCGACGGCGCUAAUGGACAACUACACGCCGUUUGACGUGAAGCAGCUGGCAUUGCGGAUGCGGGCGAAGCUGGCGGCGGAGCCGGCCCUGUCACUGCGCGAGUGCGCCGAGAUCUGCGUGGCCUCCUUUACCCCGCUAGCGCACACCGGCAUCAACUUUCUCAAAGGAAACAAGGUGUCGUGGGAGUCGAUUGGCGGGCUGGGGGAGGCGAAGAAGACGCUGUACAACACACUGGUGCUGCCGAUCAAGCACCCCCAGCUGUUUGCGCGGCUGCCGCUCAAGACGCGCAGUGGCAUCCUGCUCUAUGGUCCAUCCGGGUGCGGCAAAACUUUCAUCCUCGAAUCGCUUGUCAACGCAGAGAACCUGCACUGCAUCGUCAUCAACGGCCCGGAGGUGUUUGGCAAGUACAUUGGGCAGAGUGAGCAAAAGAUCCGCGACGUCUUUGAGCGCGCGCAGGCGGCUGCGCCGUGCGUGGUGUUCUUUGACGAAUUUGACUCGGUGGCACCGCAGCGCGGGGCUGACAAUUCGGGCGUGACGGACCGCGUGGUGAACCAGCUUCUGUGUUACCUGGAUGGUGUGGAGGAGCGCAAGAAUGUAUUUGUCGUCGCGGCCUCGAGCCGGCCGGACCUGAUAGACGCGGCGCUCUUGCGGCCGGGUCGGCUCGAUAAGGCGGUGGUGUGCCCUGUGCCAAGCGAAGAUGAUCGCGUGGCAAUACUGCGCAGUCUGCUGAGCAAGACGUCGGCGCACUUUAGUGACGAGGAGUUGCGGCAAGUGGCGCGUCGCACAGUGAACUGGACUCCGGCCGACCUCUCGGCGAUGGUGUCGUCGGCGAACAUGCUGGUGAACAUGCGAUUCAUGGACAGCCUGACAAGACAGGUGCCUGGCGGCUCAGAAUGCAUCUGUGGUGGCAGCGCCACAAUGGCUGACGAGGACGGGUUUGUGAUUGCUGGCCUCGGCGACGGCGUGACGCGGGAGAAGAUGGGGGACGCGCUGAAGCAGCUCUGCCUGGCCGCUCGCGGUGGGGCUGAAGUGGCUGUCUCCAACAAGGCUGUGGCGGGAGCGGGGGUGGUGUCGAUGGACGACUUGUGGGCGUCGUUGGAGACGACGCGACCGUCGCUGACGGAGAAGGACCUCCAGAAGCAUGAGCGCAUCCACGCCCUCUUCUCCAAGGGAAAGGGCACACCUCCACCCAAGCCGCCCGGCUCGCAGCUCGUCACGCGGUGA